AUGACUUCGACAUAUCCUUUUGAACCAACUCCCCAGUGGACGACCGUAAACCCUAGGCCAUUCCUGCCAUCUCGCACGCACGGCGAAGACUUAGAAAAGCCUCCAUUACCGUCCCCUGCUCGGAAUGAGUUGUUCAAUGACAAUUAUAUCAUUAGCACCCACCUCGUGCCUACUGCUCGUCCAAGACUAACUCCGGACAUACCAUUGCCCGUGGUCCCCGAAUUCUCGACGAAUGCCUCAGAACGGAGGCGAGAGAUCCUGCAGUUUUCCGGAAGGCUAAGUGGAGACAGAAGCGAGAAGCUUUUGUGGAACUGCGUUAACCGAUAUGCGAAGAGAGUUCAAGAUGGGAGGAAGGGAUUGACGUUGUUCUUCACCCAUGCAAAUGGUUUUCCCAAGGAGAUAUGGGAAACAACUCUGCGAUAUUUAUUAUCAUCGCCCUCAGCCUCACUGAUCGACGAAGUUUGGUCUUGGGAAGCUGUUCAGCAUGGUGAUGCUGCAUUGAUCAACGAGAUACAUCUCAGUGGCAUAUAUGAUUGGCUAGACAACGCGCAGGAUAUUGCACACUUCCUGUUACACUACUUGCCGGAAGGUGCAUCUUCGGAGGCUUUACCCACUCAUCUACAUCUUCUGCCGGAGAGUAUUAGUGAAUACCGGAAGACUAAAGGAUUUUCAUCUCGAUCCCUGGUUGCUGUCGGGCAUUCAUUCGGGGGCCACUCUUCGAUACUAGCAGCUGUCAAUUUCCCUGCGCUAUUCUCCUCCAUGGUUCUCGUGGAUCCAGCAGCGGUCCAAAGUGGCACCUAUCCCCCUAAUUUUGUUCCGGUUAGACUGCCCGGUGCCCUUGCCAGGCGCGAACGCUGGUCGUCGCGUGAGGAGGCAUUACGCCUAUUCAAGGCGUCCCGUUAUUUUGGAGGUUGGCAUCCUGAUGUCUUACGGCUAUAUGUUACAUAUGGGCUGUGCGAGGAUUCACGAGGGGGCGUGAAGCUGAAGAUGUCAGGUUUACAUGAGGCCUUGGUGAACGCAGGUCGUAUGGGAUCGUAUGAAGCAUGGGAGCUGCUGGAAAGGGUAGACGAACGAAUAGAAUUACGUUGGGUUCUUCCAGGGAAGCCCGGAGAAAAGGGGGCGAACAAGCUACCGAGAGUCCGAGUGUGGCGAAGACCUGCUAAUUCAUCUAAUGUGGUAAUCCACUCUGCUGGGCAUCUGGUAAGUCGUAUGUCGCCUCCUGUGAAAAGCCUAACUAAGCUAUCCCGAGAAAUAGCAGCUUUCUUGGAAAGCAAGUACAGGCUGCGGAGCAGAGCUCACUUGUGA